UUCUUCACAAAGAUCGUGUUGUUCCCCGAAAAGUCAGGCCCAAGAAAGCGGGGCGGGUGUGUUUGUGGCACUGAGCCUCUGGAAGUGGGCAGGUGUAGGGAGACCCUCCCCCAGCCCCCGAGGGGAAGAGGAGGCCUGAGGCUCCAGAAAACAGAAUCCGGUGUCCCACGGCUGAGUUUGAAUUCAGAUUGUGCCUCUGCGAGGAGAAUGUGGCCUCAAGGGGCCAUCUUUGUGGCCCUGCCCCACCUGGGGCCCAUCCUGGUCUGGCUCCUCGCCCCGCAUAGGAUGUCUGGUUGGUGCAACAGCCCGAGGAAGCUACCCUGGUGCCCACCCCACAGAGUCCUGUUGCUUGUGUGGACAGCCAUCUACUCUGUCGUGGGCUAUGCCUCCUACCUGGUGUGGAAGGACCUGGGAGGGGGCUUCGGGCGGCCCCUGGCCCUGCCUCUCGGCCUCUACGCCGUGCAGCUCUCCGUCAGCUGGGCCGUCCUGGUUCUCCUGUUCGCAGCCCACACCCCUGGCCUGGCCCUGCUGCACCUGCUGCUGCUCUACGGGCUGGUGGUGAGCACGGCGCUGACCUGGCACCCCAUCAACAAGCUGGCCGCCCUGCUCCUGCUGCCCUACCUGGCCUGGCUCACGGUCUUUGCUUCCAUUGCCUACCGCCUGUGGAGGGACAGCCUUUGUCCAGAGCUCCAGCCGCAGCCCGCCGGAGACAAGAGUGACUGAGGCACCGGGCACAGGAAAGGAGGAAGGCCGGGAGCAGUGGCCGGACUGCAGGCGGGCCGUGGGGUCGGGGGGGGCCGGGCACUGAUGAGCCCUGAAGGUGACUCGUCCCAGUGUGGCCACUGUCCUGGGUCCCUUGCUGCCAACUUUCAUUAGAAUUCAAAGAAAUGAGAGAGAGGAAUAAAAUUUAUUUUACACUUAA